UCACGUUAUUAAACUAAGUCGCCAAAAUAAAUUUGAAAAUCUUCGUUGACUUUUAAUUGUAGUUUUUUUGUAGAUUUCUCAUUAUUAUUUCCGCCCUAUAAAUCUGCAAAUCCUAAACCAACAAGAGAAAAUGCCUGGACGAGAUAUGAAAGCGAAGAAUAAUACUAAAUCCAAAACCCGCAGUACACGCUCGGGACUAACCUUUCCCGUAGGCAGGGUGCACAGAUACCUCCGUAAAGGAAAAUACGCUCCUCGAAUCGGUUGUGGCUCUGCUGUAUACUUGACUGCAGUUCUGGAGUACCUAUCGGCAGAAAUACUAGAGCUUGCUGCGAAGGCUGCUAUAGAUAAUGGAAGAUCCAGGAUUUUACCAAGGCACAUAAUGUUAGCAGUGGGAAACGAUGAUGAACUGGACAAAAUGCUUGGUGGUGUUACCAUUCCUCAAGGAGGAGUCAUGCCUAAAAUCCAUACACAACUCCUACCUAAAAAAACUAAGAACACUAACAAAGUGCUUGCCAAUGGUAGUUCAAAUGCAUUAUCGCAAGAGUACUAAAAGUACUAUUCUACUUAUAUUCUUUUUAAAAUAGACUAAAGGAAAGAACAGCAAUUAGCACAAAGUAAGAGGCUGUCGCUGUCUAUAUUGUUCCUUUAGUUAUUUUCGAAAUAAUAAAGAAGUUUUCUUGAUCUGUCCAUUGGUUGUUUAAGUAAAUGUACGAAAAUUUUUCAAAACUUAAAUUAUGAGAUGAUCAAUUAAUUAUUUUGCAUGACAUGUUUGAUUUAAAAGUAGAGACAGUUUGUGUAAGAAAGUAAUAUUCAGUUUUUUACACCACCUACAUACCAAUUAAUUCCAAUAUACCUUAUUCCAAUUAAUUCCUAUUCAUAGUUGUUUUACAACUCAGAUUGAUGGAUAUGACUGUGAGUGAAAAGUUGCCCAUGAACGAAAAUCUAAUCCAGAUUUAAGUUUUCAGACUCUUGGGGCCUUAAUAAAUACAGUGGCAUUAAGUUGCAAUAGUUAUCUAUUGCUUUUUUAGCUGAUAGCACCUUUUGAAUGUCAGAGCAAGUAAUAAUACUGCAAGAUAUACCUAUUAUGAAUAAUUAUUUGCAAAUUAAGCUCCAUGCUCUUUUAUAUUAAAAACUGAGAAAAAUCAAAUAAAAAAAUCAUUUCUGCAGGAGAAGCUAUCAACAUAAUACCAAACAUACAUUCUUUAUUUUUAUAAAAAUAUUAUUGAAUUAUAGUUUUGUCUUAUUUGUUUAGGUGGUUAAGUUA